AUGCCCUUCUCUGCGGCAUCCCAUCCAGUCACAUUGUCAUCGAACGUCUUAUGUGCUUCCUCUCUGUCGACACUUCGCGCUUCGAGUCGCAAUUUCGUAGCUUCCCUUUCUCAUCUAAUCGAUUCUGAAGAGGCCAAGAACUCGUCCACUUCAACCUCUUCCUACCCUGCCUCAUCCCCUGAAGUGGCUCACAUAGGCGAACUAACACGUGCUGCUCGCAUCGUCCUCUUCAUGAAAGGCGAUCCUUUUGCCCCGCGUUGUGGCUUUUCUAAUGCCGUUUGCCGCAUUUUAGAGAUGCAUGGUCUGUUAGAACGUAUGAGGUCUGGCGAAGUUGGUUUGUUCGCUUCCCAUGACGUGUUGGUUGAUGAAAAUUUGCGCAAAUCGGCCAAAGUCUACGCGGAUUGGCCCACCUUUCCUCAGGUUUAUUUUGACGGUGAUUUCAUUGGAGGCUGCGACAUUCUCCUUGAAAUGCAUCAGUCCGGAAAACUUGCGGAGGAGCUAGAAACCAGGGGUAUAGGCUCCGCACUGAAAGAAUCCAAAAAUUAA